CAGUGUCAUGUCCCAGAGGACUGAGCAUGCUUUUCUGUAUCUGUUACAGACAAGGGAACUAAAUAUAGUCCGAGUCGGACAACAGCAUGCAAAUCUCACAGACCUCGACUCACUCUAGAGAAUCUCCAGUUGUACAUUGUCCUUGGGUCAGCUGUUAACUAAUCCUAAUUGUUUGGUUAUGGCAUGAUUCACAUCUGCGCAAGAAGGGAACUGGAUUAUCAGAACAGGCAGUUUAUGUAGAUGAUCAAUGGAAAGUGACCUUUACGUCUAACAUGAGUGGGUGCUAAAGAAAGACACCGUGACAUCGACAUUGUAGCUUUAGCUGCCUAUUGUUGCGAUGGGACUGUCGGAUAAUGCUGUGAUCGGCCGAGGCCUGAACAGUCCUGACCCGCUGGUACGUGAGGCCUAUUUGAUGGCGUACGACUAUAUCAACUAUGUGACGGCCAAACCUGGCGUCCCGUUGGGUGCAGCACCAUCCCAUGCCACGGCCGCCCUGCGUCACGCUGGAGAUGAGCUGCUCGCUCGCUUCCCAAUCUUCUUCCGCCGCUGGCCGCGUGUUUUCCAGGACGUGACGGACCGAACGGCCUGCUCGACCCUGGUUUCCAUCCUGGACGAGCACUUUGCACCCACACGACGUAGAGAGCUGGCCUGGAGCGCCGUGCUGUCCGUGUUUGUCCUAGCUGGUCAGCUGGCACUGCACUGCCAGGAAAGGGGCAUGUCUGCUACCCUGCCCCAGAUUCAGGAGUGCGUGGGUAGCUACGUAGAGAGGGUCAUCUGCCCGGAGAUCAGGGACAGAGGAGGAUGGUCAGGUUUUGUCAGUCGUUUUGGCCAGAAGCAGAAUCUUGAAGACCAGGUGAUGCGGGUGUGCUGCUGGUCUCUGCUCUUGCUGUGUUUUGGGAUCUUUUCCUACUUUGUAUGGACGAGAAGGAAAACUUAGACAACAGCGCCAUCUGCUGAGUAAAUGUAAUAAGGACACUCAUGAGUCGCUUGGUUGUGUAAGAUUACUAAUAUUACUGGUUUUGAAACUAUAAACCCAAAUUGUUAUAUAAAUUGUGAAGAAUAAACCUUCCUUUGUUCAUAAUUACAAUUAUUUUUUUGCUGCACAUGACUGAAAUGUUUCUCAUUAUGUCCCUUUGAUAUUAAAGGGUUUGUUCGCUCUAAAAUGAAAAUUGUUUACCAUCAUUCUUCACAAUAUCUUUUGUUUUGCAGAAUAAAGUCGCUUGUAGAGGAGGAUGAGUAAAUGAUACUUAAUUGCCU